UCGGAUUUUUUUUUCGUACCGAGGAUUUUCUUGUCCAUAUGACCCGAGUGCGUUGUGAUAUACUUAGGCUUUCUUUUCUUCAGUUGAUGGAUAUGUAAAUCGUGCGUAGUUUCGUUUGUAAUUUCUGGAUUUAUCACUUGGUUCAAGACAAUGGAACGAAGCGGAGGGGACUCCUGGCGACAGGGAAGGAAACGGCUCGCCCUCGUCCUGGUUUUGAGUCUGAUUUGGGGAAAAGCAUCGGGACAAAUAAGAUAUUCUAUAUCGGAAGAGAUCAAAGAAGGUACUGCUGUUGGGAACAUAGCAAAGGAUCUGGGAAUAGAUCCAAAUAUAUUAAAAGCAAGAGGAUUUCGUAUUGUUUCUGGCACCACUGAGCCCCUUUUCCAAGUGAAUGAAAACGAUGGGAUUUUAUACGUAAAUCGUAAUAUUGACCGAGAGGAGGUGUGUCAGCGGACCAGUGUAUGUUUGAUUAACCUUAAAACUGUACUAGAAAACCCACUGGAGAUCCACUAUAUCGCAGUUGAGGUGUUAGACGUCAACGACCAUUCGCCCUCUUUCCCCGAGAACAACAAAAGGCUCGAGAUUUCAGAGUCCACGUUACCAGGGACCAGAUUUCAGCUUCAUGCUGCUCGCGAUCCUGACGGUGGUAUGAAUUCAGUCCAACAGUACAAGCUAAGUCAAAAUAGUCAUUUUCGCUUGGAAGUGAAAGAUCGCGGGAAAGAUGGCAAAGUCCCUAUUUUACAGUUACAAAGCCCGUUAGACAGAGAGGCCUCCAGCAGCCAUAGGCUCCUGCUGACUGCCCUGGAUGGGGGUAAACCUCCUAAAACAGGCACCAUGGAGAUAUUAAUAGAUGUUUUGGAUGUGAAUGAUAACGCACCGGUUUUUACAAAAGAUGUAUACUCUGCUGAGAUAAAUGAAAAUUCGCCAAUUGGAACAAUAGUCAUCCUAGUAAAUGCCACAGACAUGGAUGACGGGUUGAAUGGGGAAGUUAGCUAUUCUUUUGGGAAUGUUAACAGUAAGGUGCGCGAGCUGUUUGAUGUCGACCCGGGCACAGGUGAGAUAACUGUCAAAGGACAGUUAGACUAUGAAGUGGAUGACAGUUACGAGAUAGAUAUCCAAGCAUCUGAUAGCGGUACUGUUCCACUUAGAACUGAUAAAAGCGUAACUGUAAAUAUUAAAGACGUAAAUGACAAUGCACCUGUAAUUGAGGUGACGUCACUUUCUAACCAGAUUUCAGAGGAUUCCAGACCAGGAACGACCGUAGCACUGAUCAGUAUUACUGAUUUAGACUCUGGGGUGAACGGAAAAGUGAUCAGCUUUGUUAAAGGCGAUGUCCCUUUCACACUAACGCCGUCAAUACAGGACAACAUGUACGCUGUCGUGACAAAGUCACAGCUUGACAGGGAAAACAAAUCGAUGUAUGACGUUACAGUAGUGGCCAAAGACGCAGGUGAGCCAGCCUUAACAUCUGAAAAGACACUGAGGGUUGUUGUCUCUGACGUAAACGAUAACAGACCAGAGUUCUCAAUGAGCCGAUAUAAUUUUUACGUGACUGAGAAUAACCCUCCAGGAGUGUCGGUAUUUUCUUUAAUUGCGUCUGAUCGUGACGAGGGAGAUAACGCGGCUAUUUCCUAUCAUAUUCUCAGAGAUGCUGGUCAACACAAUCAAGUGACAACAUUUCUAAACAUAAACCCCGAAAAUGGAGAUUUUAUGGCCCUGAAAAGUUUUGACUUUGAAGUUCUGAAAACGUUCCAGUUUCAAGUUGUGGCCACAGAUUCUGGAUCUCCGUCACUGAGCAGCAACGUCACAGUGAACGUGUUCAUUCUGGAUCAGAACGACAACGCUCCAGUCAUCCUGUAUCCAGUCAGCUCCAACGGUUCUGCUGAAGGUGUGGAGGAGAUUCCCCGCAAUGUGAACGCAGGACACUUGGUGACUAAAGUCAGAGCCUAUGACGCUGAUAUAGGAUAUAACGGCUGGUUACUCUUUUCACUGCAGGAAGUCACUGACCACAGUCUCUUUGGUUUGGACCGCUAUACAGGACAGAUCAGAACACUUCGCUCAUUCACAGAGACAGACGAGGCUGAGCAUAAACUGCUCAUACUGGUCAAAGACAAUGGGAACGUUUCUCUCUCAGCAACAGCUACUGUCAUUGUCAAACUGGUGGAGCCCAAAGAGGCUUUUGCUGCUUCUGAUGUUAAAAGUGCCACUAAAGUUGACGAGGAGGACAAUGUGACAUUUUAUCUGAUGAUAACUUUGGGCUCAGUCUCUGUACUUUUUAUCAUCAGCAUCAUCGUGCUGAUCGCGAUGCAGUGCUCCAAAUCCACAGACUAUACUUCUAAAUAUCUCCAAGAGACUAAUUAUGACGGGACUCUGUGUCACAGCAUCCAGUACAGAUCUGGAGACAAACGCUACAUGUUAGUUGGACCCAGAAUGAGUAUAGGAUCUACUAUAGUCCCUGGCAGCCAUGCUAAUACACUAGUGCUCCCUGACAGGAGGAGGGGAUCUGCAGAGGUAAGAUUAAUGCUUUGGAUAUUUAUUUUGUUCUUUAAGUGUACUAGCUAA